AGAGCUGCUCCUCGUCGUCGAGUGGACCGGGACACGUUACCAGGGACAGAGCAGCAGCAGCAGCAGCAGCAGUUCGUCGUCGUCAUCGUCGAUCGAUUUAUUGAUCGAUCUCCUUGCGUCAAAGUCUGAUCGAGGUCCAGCAGUCGCAAUUCUCGGACGGGAAGAAUCGGGAACAAUUUGUGCAGCUCAUGCGAAGCACUCUCGAUAGAUUUCGCGCAGCAGGGCUCUGGUGAAUUGAGCUGAUUGUAGUUACUCAUUGCACAGUCGCGGACCUGUAAGGCCCGCAGUCGCCGACGAAUUCCUUUUUGUUUCGGUGGAGUGCGUUGGAAUCCGUCUCCAGAAUUGAUCGGCUCCUUCGCGAAAUCAGUUUGCACUUAGCUCAGUUCAUAUUGAAUGUGUCAAUUUUUCCUCUUUGGGUGUGGGACACGGUGGUGACUGCCAAUUGCUGCUAGUUUCGUGACUGGAGGAGCGGGCUUUCUGAGAGCUGUAGGAGCGCCGACGAUUAUAUGCUCGUCUUUGAGGUUCAACGCGAGAGAUUGAAUUUUGAUUGAUUUAGAAGAAUUUCCUGUUCCAGUUCGGUGAUAGGCAGGAAAGUGGUUGGAGAAUCGUGUAGCAGGGCACGGCGAGAUAUAUCAAGGGCCACUGUUGGGGAAAUUGUGUUCACGAGGAGUUUGUUUAUUGAGGAAUUUUCAGCUCGGGUUUGACCUGGAGGCGCCAUGAGGCACUCGGCGCAGUUGCUCCGAACAUUGUGGACGAGCUCGUCACGGCUCAGAGGCGCAAUUUGCCUGACCAAUCCCUGCUUUAAUGGGGGCAGUCAUCGCAUGUUCGGGAAUCUUCUGCUAGAUGAAACGGCGGAGCAGUUCAAAGACAGUGUCAGGCAAUUCGCGCAGGAGAAUAUUGCACCCCACGCAGCGAAAACGGACUUGACCAACUCGUUCCCAAAGGAUGUGAAUGUCUGGAAACUCAUGGGAGAUUUCAAUCUGCAUGGAAUUACAGUUCCAGAGAAAUAUGGAGGGCUUGGUUUGGGCUACUUGUAUCACUGCCUUGCCAUGGAAGAAAUCAGCCGUGCGUCUGGAUCUAUCGCCCUUUCAUAUGGAGCUCACUCCAACCUUUGCAUCAAUCAGCUUGUUCGGAAUGGCACAGAAGCACAAAAGGAGAAAUAUCUACCCAAGUUGAUCAGUGGAGAUCACAUUGGAGCCCUGGCAAUGAGUGAACCGAACUCCGGUUCCGAUGUUGUAAGCAUGAGGUGCAAGGCUGAGCGGGUUACGGAUGGAUACGUACUAAACGGUAACAAGAUGUGGUGUACAAACGGACCAGUGGCAGAGACUCUGAUAGUAUACGCCAAAUCUGACUUACAAGCUGGAGCGCAUGGAAUCACAGCGUUCAUUAUAGAGAAAACCAUGAGUGGGUUCAGCACUGCUCAAAAGCUGGACAAGUUGGGAAUGCGAGGAAGCGACACGUGCGAGCUGGUAUUCGAAAAUUGCUUCGUUCCUCAGGAGAAUGUUCUAGGACAAGAAGGCAAAGGAGUUUACGUGAUGAUGUCUGGCCUAGACCUCGAGAGACUUGUUCUAGCGGCUGGUCCGUUAGGACUGAUGCAAGCCUGCCUGGACGUUGUAUUGCCGUAUGUACACGAGAGAGAACAGUUUGGUAAACCGAUCGGAGAGUUUCAACUUAUUCAGGGAAAGCUUGCAGACAUGUACACUAAAAUUCAAGCGUCAAGGUCAUUUGUCUACUCCGUGGCACGCAGUUGUGACGAGGGCCAAGUUGAUAGGAAGGACUGUGCAGCAGUAAUACUUUUUGCUGCCGAGAAUGCAACCCAAAUGGCCUUGCAGUCUAUUCAAUGUCUAGGAGGCAACGGUUACAUAAAUGAGUAUUCAACUGGGAGGCUUCUGCGUGAUGCCAAAUUGUAUGAAAUUGGUGCUGGCACGAGCGAAAUUCGACGAAUCAUCAUCGGACGUGAGCUAUUCAAAGAAACGUAGAUUGGUAAGUCACUCGGAAGGAGUCUGUUCAUUGGGAAAUGUGCUGCACCAUCUCUGCAGCAUUCAGUUUUCUUUCUCUUUCCUGUUUCUGCUCAGAUCUUUCUGUUCUCUGUGGACGAUAACGAGGGGAGAGGGAGGAAUGGGAAGUAGGGAAUAUAGCUUUCCAACACUUUGCCCUGGUUACGCUUCCUUAUUGCAGAAGCUCUCUACGAGGUGUUCUGGCUCAGCCACUCGGACACCAUGACUGACGCUGAUGAAGUCUUGGUGUUUCCAUGAGGUAUUUGAUCCUUGGAAAAGUCGACCUUUUCCAGUGUGCGUCCCUGGACAGGUGCACCAUGGAUUUGCACCUGCCUUGUGCGUGAGCAUUCAAUUAGUCACCUUUUAGAGAACAGUGAGAUCCAUUCUUUACUCGUAGUUCGCGUAGAAGAUGUACAUUGUGCUGCGGUCACUGGCUAUGUCCAUUCGAGCAGUUCCUGUGUAAUAAUCCCGAGGGUUUGGCAGAGGUUAAUGGUCUUAGGAGUAAUUAGAUGCACUUCACCAGCUUUUGUAUUUCCUUUCUGAAAGGGUUAACCAGCACCUCUGGCUGGAGACUUUCAUUCCAUCAACCAGGGUCGAUCAAUUCAGUACGCAAUGUACAAAAGCUCAGCUGGUGAAUAAAGACCUUUCUGUUUCUAAGCUUCUCUG